UUCUUGCACCUUUUUGGUGAAACAAAGUGGCUCAUCUCCUUUCUCUUAUCUUGACUUCCUUGCAACAAAGCAACAGCGAGGAGAGAGAAAAUCAAAGCAAGAAGCCAUGGCAGGUGUAGCAGGAACAGUAGGUAUAACAUGGCCAUCAAAGCUCUGUUCCGUUAAACCAUCUUCUUCGUCCAAAUCCAAGCUUCAUCCUCGUUCUCAUUCCCCUCUUGUUGUUAACAUGACUGUUUCUGUUGAUGAGAAGAAGAAGACUUACACCCUUCAGAAAUCUGAAGAAGCUUUUAAAAAAGCUAAGGAGUUGAUGCCUGGAGGUGUGAAUUCCCCUGUCCGUGCCUUCAAGUCAGUUGGUGGACAGCCUAUAGUGAUAGACUCUGUCAAGGGUUCUCACAUGUGGGAUAUAGAUGGCAAUGAGUAUAUUGACUAUGUUGGCUCGUGGGGACCCGCUAUUAUUGGUCAUGCUGACGAUGAGGUACUCGCAGCCCUGGCUGAAACAAUGAAGAAAGGAACAAGUUUUGGUGCUCCUUGUCUUCUGGAGAAUACCCUGGCUGAGAUGGUGAUAUCAGCUGUUCCGAGCAUUGAAAUGGUCAGAUUUGUGAACUCAGGCACCGAAGCAUGUAUGGGUGUACUCCGUCUGGCACGUGCAUUCACGGGCAGGCAGAAGAUUAUAAAGUUUGAGGGUUGCUACCAUGGCCAUGCUGACCCGUUUCUUGUCAAGGCAGGAAGUGGGGUUGCUACUCUAGGACUUCCAGAUUCCCCAGGUGUUCCAAAGUCUGCCACCUCAGACACCCUAACAUCUCCAUACAAUGACUUGGAAACUGUCAAAAGUCUCUUCGCGGCUAACAAAGGAGAAAUUGCUGCAAUUAUUCUUGAAGCCGUUGUUGGAAAUUCAGGCUAUAUUCCUCCAAAUCCCGGCUUCCUUGAAGGUCUCCGUGAAAUCUCCAAAGAAAACGAUACCCUCUUGAUCUUUGAUGAGGUAAUGACUGGAUUCCGUAUAGCCUACGGUGGAGCACAAGAGUAUUUCAAGAUAACUCCGGAUCUUACAACUCUGGGGAAAGUCAUUGGUGGUGGGCUUCCUGUUGGUGCUUAUGGAGGAAGAAGAGAUAUUAUGGAAAUGGUUGCACCUGCCGGGCCAAUGUAUCAGGCUGGUACUCUAAGUGGAAACCCGUUGGCAAUGACUGCUGGGAUACAUACACUGAAACGAUUGAUGCAGCCAGGAAGCUAUGAAUACUUGGACAAGAUUACAGGUGAACUUACACAGGGACUCCUUGAUGCCGGGAAGAAGGCUGGACAUGCAAUGUGUGGUGGAUAUAUCAGGGGAAUGUUUGGUUUCUUCUUCACUGAUGGGCCUGUGUAUAGUUUUGGGGAUGCAAAGAAGAGUGACGCCGAAAAGUUUGGCCGUUUCUACAGGGGAAUGCUAGAACAAGGAGUUUACUUUGCGCCUUCACAGUUUGAAGCUGGAUUUACUAGCUUGGCACAUACUUCUGAAGAUAUUCAACGAACGAUAGCAGCAGCUGAGAAGGUUUUCCGGGAGAUAUAGGAUAUGAUGCUGAUUCUUUACCUCGCGGUGUCCAGUUUUGUAGCUUUGUUUAGUUGAUAACUUGUAUCUUGGGAUUGUUCUUAAUAGGUGUGGUUUGUAUUUUGAGUUCAUAGCUGAUCUUGUUCUUCCUGUUGUCUCUCUUGUAAGUUGUUUCUUUCAGUGUAUCUUCUCAUCUUUAAUAAAGGGUAUGAGUUUUAUUGUC